AACUAGACUGGAGCGGCGGGGCUUCCUCCCCGCCCAUUGGCUGGCGCGCCCGAGGGGGCGUGGCCACGCCGGUGUUUUUAAGAAGCGCCGCUGUUCUGGGGAGCCGGACUCGAUCUUUCUUCCAUUGGAGGACGCAAAGCAGAAAACUGACCAUCACCUGCCUUCAUACCGGACACCGGACACUCAGAGUUUAUUGAUUGAUCCAGUGAUGGAGCUGUUUUUGAAGCUCGUGAGCGGAGAGUGCCGCAGUGUGUAUGUGAGUGGAAAUGCCACGGUGGGCGAGCUGAAGCGGGCGGCCGCCCAGAACUACGAAGUGCCCAUCUCGCGCGUGCGGCUCUCCAUGGGCAACGGGCUGCAGGUGAUCCUGCAGAACGAGUCAAGCUCCCUGAGCAGCUACGGCCUGAGCUCAGGCUCCACCGUCAUGCUGCUGCUGCUCGCGCCCUUCCAGGUGUUCAUCAAAAACGAGAAGGGCCAAUUGAAAACCUACGACGUGACCGAGGAGGAGACGGUCGACGAGCUGCAGAGGAAGGUCUACAACAAGGAGGGCACCCCCAUUGACCAGCAGAGGCUGAUCUUCGGUGGCAGGCAGCUCGACUCCGGGACGAAGCUGAAGGAGUACGGCAUCACCAACGGAAGCACCAUUCACAUGACCCUCCGUCUGCGGGGGGGCUAACCAGGCUACCAGACCUCCUUCAGGCUGUUUCAGUAUUCUUUAAACGAGCCCUCGCCGACUUGACUUUACUCUUACUUGACUCUUUUCCGUAAUUUCAUUAGUAUAAGUUUAUUAUAUGAACCCUUAGAGGGGCGAGGGAACAAGUGAGCAUUAGCUUUAGCAUUAGCACAUUAGCCUCAAAACCUCUGACGCAUUUCUCUUCUCAAACCCCCGAGACGUGGAGAGCCAAAGCCACAGUAAUAAAAUAUUUCAAAAUGCUUCCUAUUUCAAAACUAUAGCAUUCAACCUGGCUAAUACAACUUCAUUGCACAGCUAGCAUGCUUGCUAGUUAGCAAGCUAAAAGCUAAACAGUGGCAAAGGUAAAGGCAUCACACCAUAACGGAGCUUACAGGCCGACAAAACAACCAUUCCCAAAUUUUUUGUUCCGACUCCCGAUAAAAAAUUCAUAUUAAAGGUUGUUCUGUGUAGUGUAGCGGGUAACACCUCUGCCUUCUACGCUGUAGAUGGAGGUUCAAUCCCCCCCCUGGGUAAACACCCUACACUGCAUCAAUAAGAGUCCUUGGGCAAGACUCCCAACACUGCCUUCUCCUACUUGUUUAACAUGAUCAAAUUGUAAGUCGCUCUGGAUAAGAGCGUCAGCCAAAUGCCAUAAAUGUAAAUGUAUUGCCCACUGAUUAGCACACUGGGGGGGUGUCCGAAUUGAAUAACGCGCCCUCCUCCUUUUUAGCCGCGAGUGUCUUCUGUCUGCAAGUGGUAAAAGUUGGCAUGUCAACAAAAACAGCAUUAAAAUGAACUGCAGUUUCCCAGAGCAGCGUCCCGCCUGUUAGCCUUUCAGCUUACAACUACUUCUCUGUAGCAUGCCAAAGCUAAUGCUCAAGAGUUUUGAGGUGGCACUUCUUUUUUCUGUUUGUUUUCAUACUAAAAAUGUGAAGAAAAAAAAGUUAAAACUGGUUUAGAAGCUGCACUUUCAACAUGACUUUGUAUGGUGCAUGAAAAAAAAAAGACUAGUUAAAAUACUUGAUAUAUUUUAAAUAAUCGAAGAACCUGCUUUUGUUAUCGCCGGCGAUAACGGCACCUUAAGGCCAAACUCAGGCCUGUCCAUUCCUGUUGGACAGCCCGCACUUUUGGUUUAAGUGAUCCAGUUCAGAGAGAAAUCCUGCUUUGGGAACUUUUUAUUAGAUUUAAUGUUGUCAGUUAUACUCAUAUGUAACUCUGUGUUUAAGUUGUAUUUAUUCACUGUAGGCUAUUAUGCAAUAUAGUAUAUGAUAUACUGUAUCCAUAUAAUAUAUGCAGUGCUGCCAUUGUUAACAUAAGCACAGAUUAGCUGUUGAAAUCUAACAUGCCAACUUUGUUCUCUGUGACCAAUGUUUUUACGUGUUGUUCCCUUGUAACCACCCGCUAUUCAUUAAAUUAUUGCUUUGAUCCAAAA